AACACAAAGAAAAAAAAUGCAUUACCUUAGCAUUACUCAGCAGCAGCUCAGUAAGCAAAAGCAGCCCUGCAAAGAAUAGCAUUCCCUUUCCACAACUGAUUAGAACUCUCAAUUAAGCAGCAAGCUAAUUAGCCCAUUUAUAUAAUGAACUCGAUUCAUUGAGAUGCGAUGUAACCAGAAAUAUUAUCUAACAUAUUUUCUUGCAGAUGGCGACUAAUAUGCUUACAGAGUUAAAUCCUCAUGGACAGAAUUGGAAUAUACGUGGGUGUGGGAAUUCUGUGACAAGGAUGGUCAAAUCAAACAUCAGGACUUGGUCAUCAUUGAUGAAAACGUAAGUUUCAUAUUUAUUAGUUCACUAUUUUACUUCUAUCAGUAAUGUUAAUAUCAUUUUGUAAUACUAAUCAUUCCUAUUACAGAACAAUGUUAUGUAUGUUGAAAUACCACCAGAAGAUAUUCCAUACCUAAAACCUCAUCUACAAGAAGGAAAGAUAGUUGACAUCAAAAGAUUCUUAGUUCAGAGAGCAAAAAACAUCUACAAAGUGGUGGAAGCUCCUUAUAUGAUAAAGUUGACUCAGAGAUCGAUCAUCACUCCAGUAGUGCCAGAACCACCAGAUUUCCUAAAAUAUGUCUACAACUUGAUCCCAUUCUCAGAGCUGCCACAUCAUGCAAACCUUACUGAUAGGUUCCUAGACAUCAUUGGCUAUGUCGCAGCUGUAUCUAAUGUUGCAAAAGUCCGAUAUGGAUAUGGCAAGAUACAAACAAAACGGAUUUUUAUCCUUAAGGACGACAAAGGCAACUCAAUUGAAAUAUCUCUAUGGGGUCCAAGGGCAAUUGAAUUUGAUGCAGAAACAGUUUAUGCAAAUGGACAAGAAAGUGCAGUUAUUGUUAUCUUUGUCGGAACAUUAGCAAAGACUAUAAAAACUGAAAAAGGUGACAAAGUGAUCCUAACUGGAACUUCUGCUUGCCGAUGGUACAUCAAUGAAUAUAUUCCAGCAAUCAACGAAUUCUAUGCAAAAGGAUGAGGUGGAGCCAGUACAAGCACAAAAUACUAUUUAACUAUAUUAUAACAAGGCGAUGAUGAGAAUGCGCAAUAUAUCGAAAAGAAAACCCUGCUGCAACUAAAGAAAGAAGUUGAUCCAGUUGAUCAUAAGGUAAUUCUACCUUAUCAAAACACAAAAUAUGGGCCUCUUAUAGUUCACAAAAUACUAUUUAACUAUAUUAUAACAAGGUAUUAUAUGAAUAAUGUACACUUAAAUAGUUCCAUUCUUAGCUAAAUUUAUAUCUUUGUACAGAACCAGAAAUUUGAAUCCACCAUCACAAUUACAAGGCUAGCUCCAAAUCAAGGAUGGUGGUAUCGUGCAUGUAAAUCAUGCCACUCAAAGACUUUUCGCCAUGGUUCAAGUUAUAAAUGCACAAAUGACAAUUGUGUAUGCACCGAAGCAAUGCCAAGGUACAUAUAUGAUUAACAUAUUUCCCUUUUAUUCAAGUCUCAAAUUGUUUCAUAGACAAAAGGCAAUUGAGUUCUAAUUUAUUCUUCACAUAGGUAUAAACUCUGUCUUAUGGGCAGUAAUGACACAUACGAACUUGAAUUCAUCCUAUUCGACAAAAAAGCAGAACAACUGAUUGGAAAACCAGUAGAAAAAUUGUCCAAUAUGUAUGGCAAAAGUGAUACUCCUGUUGAAAUCACUGCUUUGAUUGGACAAAAGUACACAUUCAUUGUCAAGAUUUCAUCAAAAAAGAGUUUUGCCAGCAAGGAUCCAUCAUUUGAAGUUCUUUAUAUCACACACCAGUUUGGGAAAGAAACAAAUAUCCAAAGCUCUGACAAACAAGAACAAAGCAGCAGCAGCAGCAGUACUAUCUCACUUUCAACUUCAAGGCAUGUACCACCAUUAGUUCCAAUCAAAUACAAAGUUGAUACAAAACAGGUACACACAAACAAGUUCUCUUUUUUUUCUUAUAUUCUUAGUUUCUUUUUUCAAAAAAAAUUCUUGGACUUCCUUAUAGUAUAUUUCAUACUAACAUAUAGGAUGAAAUUCCGCUGGUACAGAAGUCUCAAACAGAUAUUGACCCUAUAGAAAACUACCGAGUAUGUAUCCUUUGUUUUUCUAUAAACUAAUUUAUGCAUAUACCUAAAUUUAACUAAAUUACUUUUCAAUGAUAAUAGAAGUUCCAGGGAACAAGAUAGCCGCAGGAACAAAAGGGAGCAGCCAAGCAACAGUGACAAUAAUAGUGAUGAGGACUACAAACUUAUCAAAGUAUAUCCUUCCAAGGGGAAAAAAGCAAAACAAUAAGUAAGACUCUUUCAUUCUUUUUGCUAAUAUUUUUACAAACUGUAGUAUUAAAUCCUUAUUCCUCCAUAAGAAAUCCUAUGCAUCUCCUCAUGACACUGUUAAUUAACCAACACUAAUUCAAGCACCAAAUAAAAAAAUGCAAAAUGUCCUGUAACAGACUUAAAUCCCAAAUUGGUUAUAUUUCACAACAUUCACACACUGUUUAACUAUUAUUCUCUAUUGCAUACAAUUAUAUGCUAAAGGAGCACAACGGUGGAUCUUUUAGAAAAAAAGAAGCAUGCCUUGAAUUCUGGUAGAAGAGGCUUUUGUGAACUUUAAUGGGCAAUGUAGGUCUUUUGGAAAAGAACUCUAUUAAUCGAUGCUUUCUAGAGCAUUUAGAUACAGCAGAUUUGGCACAACUUCUAUUGCUACCAAAAAACAGUUGAAGACUUGAAGUUAUUACUCAAUCUGCAAUACAUCUUUGGUAAAGUGGCAUGCACACUUCUGUGAUGGCUCAGCAUAUGUAAUUAUUAGUAUUCCUACUACUAUGUAAUGAAGUCGAACUUCCCAGCAAAUGUCAAUGCCUUAUUGCAGAGCACCAUGAUACUGAUUCAAGUCCUAUAAGUAAUCGUUAAUUGCAAUGACAAAUUCUUCAAAAA